UUCAAAUCAGUUCAGUCCAAUCCUAUUCAAUACAAUUCCAUUCGAUUCGAUUCAAUUGAAGUUAAUGGAUUUCACUAAACUGAGCUCAUCUUAACCCCCCUCCCCCCCUUCAGACCAACCGUAACUAAACUCACCUGCAAAACUGGCGCAACUCAAACCAAAUUACUUAGACUGUCAGUUGUUCCAUAGUGCUUUCGAAUCGACCGAUGCUCGUGUAUGGAUGCACAGAGGAGAGGACUAACGAGAUUGGGUUGCUUCGAUCUCAUCAGCUAUAAUUACGAUGGGUCUAUUACUACACUGUACAUAUCGUCUCGCUCCGAGGAGACGAGAGAGAGAGAGAGAGAGAGAGAGAGAGAGAGAGAGAGAGAGAGAGAGAGAGAGAGAGAGAGAGGGUGAAACUUUGGCCGAAAAUUGGCGGUGGUCGCUGGAGCUUCGCUGAAUUCGUGAAGACCUGGAAAAGAAAAAACACAGUCUCACAUGCACAUAAGCUCUGGACUAUCAAGACGGCUUUUUUUGUAUUUGUGUUAACGCUACUUUGCUAAAGGAGAUUCCGUGGAGGCACAGAGAGAGACAAACACACCCACCCACCCACCCACCCACCCACCCCCCCACACACACACACACACACACACACACACACACACACACACACACAGAUGCACGCUUUGCAACGGGAGAGACGAAAAUAAAGGAGGGGGAUUUUGAACCUGUUUGCGGAAUAGGGCGCGCUUGUGCUUGUCGGUCGGGCAUAUUACAUUUUCAUGUGCGUUCGUCCUCCUGCUGCUGCUCCUCCUGCUGCUGCUCCUCCUCCUCCUCCUCCUCCUCCUCCUCCUCGCCACCGCCGCCUCUUCCGCCUCUUCUCCGUUCCUCUCGGCGACUCUAAUCGACCAGUCCCCCAUCUCCCUGUUGUUAUGGUUUGGCAAGUCUUAUAUCUGCUGAGAUGUCGAAUGUCACGAAAAGCUCAUCUUGAAGGCGUUUCGGAUAUCUUCCAUCGUUUUCUCUUUUGUCUUCCCUCGACUCGAUUCUUUUGCAAUCGCUGCGAGCUGCAUCUGAUCAUACAUGAGAAACGAAAAACGGAAGUGGAGAAUCCGAUUGACUGGGGCUGCAUUGAAAUUGUCGCCGACGGAGCUCCAAGAGGAAAGAGCCAGAGAGAAAUGUCUUGUGCGCAGCUGCAAGGGAGUAGAGUCACAGAGUCCAAUCGACUGGGGCUGCAGUGAAAUUGUCGCCGACGGAGCUCCAAGAGGAAAGAGCUAGAGAGAAGUGUCUUGUGCGCAGCUGCAAGGGAGUAGACUCGGUAGAGCGGCUAGAGCCACAGAGAAAUCAUCUUCUACGGAUGUCCAAGAGAGAGAAAUGACAGAGAGAAAGACUUGCCCCCAAUGCCGCCCAUAACUUGCCGCCAUAACUCGAUGGCAGAGACCUUCAGAAUGUUCAGCUUGGCAACUUAGGAAGCUGAUAGCCAGUGAUAGGCACUCUGCUGAGUCUGCUCCAAUUAUCCAAUACGGUUUUCGUUCUACUCUUAACUUGUCCAAUACGGUUUUCGUUCUCCUCUUAACUUCGCGAAAAGGAGUAGAGCCCCUGUCACUGGCUGUCAGUAACGCAAUUGCAUACUUCUCCUCUUAACUUCUCGAAAAGGAGUAGAGCCCCUGUCAGUGAGGCUAUUGCAUACGUGACGAUGAUACGUCUCCUCUUAACUUUGCGAAAAGGAGUAGAGCCCCUGACGCUAUUGCAUACGUCGGGAUUUGAGCCCGUCAUCAGGGACGGGGAUGUGCACCAUCUACGAUGUGGGAGAAGAAUUGAGAGCUUAGACCUUAACAAUGAGGAGGAGGAAUUGAGAGCUUAAAAUGAGGAGGAGGAAUUGAGAGCUUAACAAUCAGGAGGAGGAAUUGAGAGCUUAACAAUCAGGAGGAGGAAUUGAGAGCUUAACAAUAAGGAGGAGGAAUUGAGAGCUUAAAAUCAGGAGGAGGAAUUGAGAGCUUAAAAUCAGGAGGAAUUGAGAGCUUAAAAUCAGGAGGAGGAAUUGAGAGAUUAAAAUCAGGAGGAGGAAUUGAGGACCGUAAUGAGGAAAACCAACUGGGAGCUUAAGUCAGAGAGGGGGGGGGGGCCUUGAGGGCAGGGCCAGUGCGGAAUCACUAGAAAUAAUCACACUAGAAAGAGAGGGAUGUUCAACAGUCCCCGAUUUGGGAGAAGAUUUGGGAACUUAGAGCUUGAAAAAGGAGGAGGAGCAACUGAGAGCUUGGAGUAGGGAGGAUCUGCGACUCUGCGAGAUGCUUCAAUUAGGGGGGAGUUGAGGGGAGGGCCAGUGAUUUUUGGGAGUUGAGGGCAGGGCUAGUGAUUUUUUUAUUUUUUAUUUUUUUCUUUGAAACGCCGUUGACUUUUUAUAAGCGACGGUCAGAUCUGGAGAUCCCGGUGAGUGGCAUCUUGCCUCAGGUCCAGCGCCGGCUGUCAUAGGGCCUCGCGCCACUACUCUCCACAUGCACGAAAGACGAAAAAGAUGGCAAUGCAUCUGUCGUUGUUCUAGCAGUGGAUUCAGUCUCAUUUUGCACAUUUGGAGAGUAGUGCAGCGAGGCGCAUGUACAGCGGAUCGGCAGAUAUCUCACAGCGGGAAUGACAGCGGGCAGAACUUGGGGAAUCCAGGGGUGUGAGUGGGAGGCGCUUGCUGCGGGUCCAGCCUCCGUUGUCGUUUAAGCGGCGGCGGGUCAGCGGAAAUGACAGCGGAAAUGACAGCGGAAAUGACAGCGGGAAAUGGAAUUGACAGCGGAGUCAUCAGUAAAAUUGGCGGGAAGUCGACGAUUAGCCCUGCAGAAGCGGCGUCGAAAGUGGACUCCGCGCCUGCUCUGAUUUCAGCGAAUCAGCAGAAAUGACAGCCGCGGGAGUCAACGCAAGUUAAUCUCCACGGGAAUGCCGACAAUCGGGCCACUUCCGAAACGGCAUCGGAAGGGGAAGGGGGGGGAGAGAGGGGGGCGAAGGCGGGGGAGAGGGGGAAGCUAGCACGAAGGAAGGCCUGGACAGUGGAUACAGCUUGCUGAGGGCUCAGAAUCGUGAUGAGCCGGUGCGAAUCCGACGAAACAUCAAGCAGGCUGCUUGGACGUGGACAUCGUCUCAACACACGACAAGAACAUGUGACUAGACGUACGGAUUUCCAAACACGAUAGGAGGAGGAGGAGGAGGCGGAGGCAGGAGGAGGAGAAGGAGGAAGAGGAGGAGGAGGAGGAGUAGCAGGACGAGGGGCUGCGCAAGAACAUGUGGAGGAACGGUCGGUGCAUUUGCUCCGCUUUCUCUUUGCUGAUAGCUGAAGGGCUAGAUGACGGUGAUCAUCAUCUCCAGAUCCCAAUUGCGGCUAGCCGUUAAUGACGGGAGUGAACACAAUCAGAGUGUUGGAAAACUGCAGAUUAUUUGGGUCGUUCUUCUUUUUUUUUUUUGGGGGGGGGGGGGGGGGUUCAAAAUCAGCUUCUGUUGGCGUUUUGUGUCGUUUUUUCCUAGUGUUAUGGAGUAGGAGCUUAGUUUUUUGCUCUUCGUUUUGUUUAAUUGCCUCAUUUUGACGGGGCGACUUGAGACUCAGGGCAUACUCACACUAACAACUUUUUUAACGUUGCCGGAAGAUGGCCGUGAUCGCAGUCAGAUGCAUUUUGGAAAGUCCUAGUGUGAGUAUGCCCUCACGCUGUACAUCAUUUCCUCUGUUGAUUAUCGUCUUCCAACCUUGCCCCUCAACUGGUGUUUAGUCGACAAGUUCCCGGUAGGGCCGGUAGUCUAGAACGUUCUCCGGGGGGGGGGGCUACUCUUAGAGUCGAAAUACUGUCCAGAUAUUGGUCAAAUAACGACGUAUCUUGACGGAAUGUGACCGUAGAUAGAUAGAUAUAGAUAUGAGCUCCAGUUCUUCCUGGCCUAAGGAGCGGAGGCUCCUUCUUUAGUCGCCCUGCUACAAAGACGGGUGUGUAUUGCUAUUUUUUCCCUCUUGCUUUCUCCUGGUGAACUUCAAAUUCAUUUUUUGUAAGAGAUGAAGUGUUUAUAAUCUUUGUCUU